AUGUCUUCAUCUUCAUCUUCUCCUGCUAGCGGAGUUGUUGAUAACAAUAACUCUUCAAAUCCGUCCGAGAUGAGUCUAAAAGCACCUAUGGUUAGACCUUAUAGUCGAUCCAAAAUGUCUCGACUUCGAUGGACACCAGAUCUUCACCGUUGCUUUCUGCAUGCAGUUCGAAAGCUUGAAAGAGAAGAAAGAGGGGCUACACCAAAGUUAAUUUUACAACUAAUGAAUGUUAAGGGACUUACUAUUUCUCAUGUCAAAAGCCACCUUCAGAUGUACAGGAGCAUGAAACAUGAAGAAAUGAGUCAAGAAGCAAAGAAGAAUGUUAUGGCAGCAAAUUUAUUAGCUUCUAGAAUGAUAUCCUCCUCAGCCUUUGUUUCAAGCUACCUACAAACUCCUGGCCAAAGACAGAAUGGUUAUGAACCAGGAUCUUACAAUGGAAAUCAAGGUAAUAAAUCGGUUGUAAUUUGUAACAGCGAGGAAAGGAAGAAGCACACUUACAUCAUCUUCGACGGUAUUUUCAGCACCGUCCAAGCAAACAAAAGGGACCAACAAGGAUUCAAAGAAAUAACAACCAGAGGAAAGGAAGUGAAUGAAAAAGAGACGGAUGAUUUGUCUCUUGAGCUCACGCUAACUUGA